CGUGACGAAAAUACAACAAGGAAGCGGAUAUUUAUUAAAAAGCAAAAUUAGUUAGAUAGGAAAACGUUUUGAAUUAUCAAGUUAAUUUUUGUCGAUUUUUGAUGUUUCGAGAGAUAUAGUUAUUUUGGACUAUAGUUCGUCGUAUCGUGGAUCCAUAUUCACUCAAGCAAUGAACACAGACGUUGAAUUCCACAUUAGGCAGAAUUAUCCGUGGAACAAGCUACCAGCAAAUGUCAAACAGAGUGUUGGGAACUCGCAGCGUGAAUAUGAGAAACAUGUGCAGUUGUACAGUAUCCGCAACCAGCUAAGGUUCCGCAGUAACCUAGUGAGACACGUGAGGAAGGAUGAGAGGAAGUACUAUGAGGAGCUGCUGAAGUACAGCCGAGAUCACCUGAUGCUCUACCCCUACCACCUGUCAGACAUCAUGGUCAAAGGCCUCCGCAUCACCCCCUUCUCCUACUAUAUCAGCAUCAUGGAGGACAUCAUGAACGUAGAGAAGAGUUACGACUAAGCUGCCCAACUUCACUGCUGCUGACUGU